GUGAAGGAGGAGGAGGAGGAGCUUUUUCCAUGAGGGUUAAAACCGGGAGCCCCAGCGGAGUGACCUGCACUGGAGGACUGGAAGAAGCCACCACAGAACCUGGUCUCGGUUGGAGGAGCAGAGAGGCCAAACUGAGAUUCUUGAAAGAAAGAAGAAACAUCUGAUCUGACAAAAUCCUUCAACAAGUCCCGGAACACAUCCACGCACACAGAACACGGUGAUGAUUAAGUCGUACGUGAGAGUGGCGGAGGAAGAGGAGGACGUCAGCCCUCUGCAGUGGCUCAAAGGAGAAAUGAGCUCACCUGACGGAAACACUUCCGUCCCGUCACACCACUACAGGGCAGGAGUGAACCAACCGACCCAAGAAAUGGGAAGUGAGGAUGCAGAAGAGGAGGAGGAGGAAGAGGAGGAGGAGGAGGAUGGAGAGGAAGCACAGGAGGAUGAAAAUGAGUCCAGGCGACGUGGUCCCAAAAAGAAGCGCAUGACAAAGGCCCGGCAGGAGCGUUUUCGUGCCAGACGUAUCAAAGCUAAUGCCAGAGAGCGCUCCCGCAUGCACGGCCUGAACGACGCACUGGAGAACCUGCGCAGCAUCAUGCCCUGUCAUUCCAAAACGCAGAAACUGUCCAAGAUUGAGACGCUACGGCUGGCCCGCAACUACAUCUGUGCUCUGACCGAGGCUCUGGACGGGGGGCUCUCCACAGAGAGCCGAGCUUUCAUGGAGACACUGUGUAAGGGACUCUCACAGCCCACCACCAACCUGGUUGCUGGCUGCCUGCAGCUGGGACCAGCUCCUGCUGGGAUGAGAUCUGAAGACAGACAUGGAGUUUGUCCACCACACAAUGCUCACGGAGGCACGGUGAGCUACACCUCUCCGGGUCUGCCUAGCCCCCCGUACGGCACGUACGACUCGGCUCACCUGCUUCACCUGAGGGCCAUGAAAGGACGACAGUAUGAGAAUCACUCGCCCCACGAGUAUAACGCUGGAGGUGUGGGGACCCCUCCGUACGAUGGGCCCCCUACACCGCCCCUGAGCAUCAGCAGUAACCUGGUGCCCAAACAGGAGCCCUCGCCUCACUACCCACCCCCACAUCAAUACUCCCCCUCCCUUGUAGACCAGGCUCUCUAUCAGACUCAGAGUAGGUAUGACGUCCACUUAGAAGGUCCAUAUGACUCCUACCAUUCAGCACACAUGAUCUAGUGACAAAUGCUGUCCACCCACAGAGACUGAGAGUAAACUGGAGUCAGUUCCACCUGACUGAUGAGCUUCAGUUUUAUUCAGAAAACCUUGUGAUGAUGUCUCUCAAGGACUUUCAAACUCAUCUGCACUGCUGGUAGAAAAUCUUUAGUAUUUUUUAUUAACACGGUGCUUUUGCACUAUAGCACCAUUAGUGUGUGUAUUAGAAAAUACUUGACAUUAAACCAUGAUUUUAUCUUUAAAACUGAUGACCAAAUGAUCCAGGGACCCUACAGGUACACACGAGAGUUGCUUUAAUAUCUUGUUGUUCUGGUACUAAACAAUGAGCACUUCUAAUUUAGCUUUGGUAACAUGAAGUUACGUAAAGUGUUUUUUUUCUAUUUAUUUAAUUUAAUUCAUUGUAUGUGGAGUUUGUUUUUGAUAUGUUGAGGCUUCUUUUCUGCCUAGGUAAUCUCCUUAUGACUCGUUUUGUUUGUGUGUGCGUGUGUCCAGUACCUUUGUGUAGCAUUCUGUUUGAUGUUUUUCACCCAAAACACAUUCAGACGUCGAUUUGUAAAUAUGAUUUGCUCGUUUUUGUUUGUUUAUUUAUUUUAAAGAAAUUUUGUGGAAGAUGAAAGAAUAAAAUAUGUUUGAAUCAAAAUGCAAAAAAUGUAGUUCCAUUGAGGAGGGAUGAUAAAGAAGCACCCCGACCCUGAUUUAAAAAAAUAUCUGGUUUAUUUUGCAAACAUUUAUGAUGCACAUUUUAGACUUUUUUCAUUUUAGUACAUGUUGGAGAAAAUAUCACAAUUAAAACUGAUGAAAAAGUA